UCAGGAAGUGUGAUUUAGUUUUUCAAAUACAAUGCUUCGUUUUUAUAAUCUUAUAUGUUUGUAGACAUAUAUCUUCCAGACGACAGACGAAUGGACAAUUCCAAUCAUCAUGUUCAGUUUUAUUGGGCUAUUCCUGUUCGUUGUCGGGUUUGAAAAUCUGAAUGGCCUAAAACGAAAUGUGCUGGUUUUUGUCGGAGAUGAUGCUGGUUUUGAAAGUCAAGUGUACAACAACAGUGUGUGUUGGACACCCAACUUGAACAGACUUGCUCAGAGAAGUGUCAUUUUCAAACAUGCGUAUACUUCAGUCAGCAGUUGUUCUCCAAGCAGAUCUGCUAUCCUGACUGGCCUACCUCAGCACCAGAAUGGAAUGUACGGUUUGCACAAUUCAGUUCACCAUUUCGUCUCAUUUGACAGUGUUCGGAGUCUUCCAUAUUUACUGCAGAAAGCCAACAUCAGAACAGGUAUCAUUGGUAAGAAACAUGUAGGCCCAGAGCACGUGUAUCCCUUUGAUUUCUCUCAGACGGAAGAAAACCACCCGAUUCUUCAGAUCGGAAGAAACAUCACUUUGAUGAAGCAGUAUGCAAAUGAAUUUCUCUCAGUCAAGGACGAAAGGCCAUUUUUCUUGUAUAUUGGGUUCCACGACCCUCACCGAUGUGGCCACACCCAUCCAGAGUUUGGCAGCUUCUGUGAAAAAUUUGGAAAUGGCCGACCGGGGAUGGGGCUGAUUCCCGACUGGAAGCCCGUGUAUUAUAACCCUGACGAGGUGAUUGUGCCCUACUUUGUGCAAGACACACCAGCUGCAAGAGCAGACAUUGCAUCACAGUACACCACUAUUGGCAGGAUGGAUCAAGGUGUUGGACUGAUUAUGGAGGAGCUGACAAAGGCUGGCCAUCUUGAUGAUACACUGAUAGUGUUCACAUCGGAUAAUGGAAUUCCAUUUCCCAAUGGACGCACAAACCUCUAUGAUGCAGGAAUGGGAGAACCCUUGUUAGUGUCAUCACCUUAUGACACACAAAGAUGGGGACAGGUUAGUGAAGCAAUGGUAAGCCUGGUUGACAUUGUACCAACAGUCCUCGACUGGUUUGGCCUUCAGUACCCACACUACAAUCUACAGAGACAGCCUGUGAUCCUAACUGGCCAAACAAUGCUGCCUUUACUCAGAUCUGAUCCAAUCACUGGUUGGGACAGGGUGUACGCCAGCCACGACCUGCAUGAGGUCACCAUGUAUUAUCCAAUGAGAGUCCUCAGGACAAAACAAUUCAAACUAAUACAAAAUCACAACUAUAAAAUGCCUUUUCCCAUUGACCAAGAUUUCUACAUAUCGAGGACAUUCCAAGAUCUGCUCAACCGAACUCGGAGGAAAGAAGCUCUCCACUGGAGUAAGACAUUAAAGUCGUAUUAUUACAGACGGUCAUGGGAGCUGUUCGACUUGCUCAAUGAUCCACACGAACUGACCAAUGUGGCUUACAAAAGUGAAUAUGCCGAUAUUGUUAAAGUAUUAAAAACAGAACUCAACCGAUGGCAAAAUGUCACCGCAGAUCCAUGGAUCUGUUCACCCUGGGGUGUGCUGGAGUCAACCCGUGCAAUAUCACCCGUAUGUCUACCUCUUGAUAAUAUGCUAGAUGAUGGUGAUACCAAUUCUGUAUUGUUCACUCAUGAUAAGUAUACAAAAGACAUUAACUUUGAUCCAUAAUAAGAGUGUUCGAAAUAUAAGCACUUGUCCACUUGUCCUGACAAAUGAAAAUCUGCUUGGACAAGUAAAAUGUACCUUGGUGGUUAUUCGGUGAAAAUGUUUUAAAUUUCAAUGCAUUUUCGUUUUGAGCAAUCAAGAACAUUGUCCUUGCACUUGAAUAAAACAAAUCAUUUAUUGGACAAAUGAAAUUAUAGGUGGACAAGUAGAUUUCUAGAUGUAUUUGUCCGGUGGACUAGUGAAACGUUCUGCUUAUUUCCAUCACUGAGUAAGUAAUUUGAAAUACUGGAGAAUGUUAAUGUACAUUUACAGAAGGGUGUAAUCACUGUGUCACUAUUGUAGGUUAAGUUUUUUUUAUGAAAGGAAGUAUUUCGUUUUUUAUUUUUAAUAAAAUAAUAUUCGAAAUGGUGCUUUAUUAUUCAUGUACUUGAAUAUUGUAAAAAUGGUCAUACAUGUAAUUGUAUUUACAUUAGAAUAUUAUCCAUCUUCAGAUGUAUUAAAUAUUCAGAUGCCUCGGUGGCGUAGUGGUUAAGCCAUCGGACUACAGGCUGGUAGGUACAGGUUCGCAGCCCGGUACCGGCUCCAACCCAGAGCGAGUUCUUAAGGGCUCAAUGGGUAGGUGUAAGGCCAC